AGGUAACGUUGGGAAAGAAUAACAGCAUUGCCUAUUUUAUUUACACGCGGCGAAGUGGCAUUACUGCGCUGCCGAAAAAAUUGUGUAACCCACUGCGAAUACAGCAUGAGCAGCAAAAACUAGUGUAGCGGUCCAACAAGUAUAUCAAGAAAAAGAUACCGAAAAACGCAAAGUAUGAGCACGUGAAAACGAGGUUGGACACAGGAUGCAGCCUCACAAAGUAUAUGGAAAGACUGGAGGAGAUUAAAAAAAAUUACAGAUAUCGAAAAGAUGAAAUCUUCAAACGCUUAAAGGUGACAACAUUUGCACAACUGAUACUUCAGGUGGCCUCUGUUUCCAGCCUGAAUCAAAAUGAGAACGAUAGUGAAUCAAACGGUUCAGGAGAUGGUCUACAGUCAGACGCAGACUUGGAGUGUCUGUCUGAACGCACCAAUGGCUCUCUGCAGAGGUCUGUCCUGUCAGACCAUCAGGACGCAGGAGACACCAAGGAAAUAUGCUACUCUGCUAGGUCAACACUUCUGAGUGUAAUUAGUGGUGUGGGAGAGCUGAAUAUGGACAGGAACAAUCAGAAGAUGGCAAGUGAGUUGGUGUCCAGCCCGGAACCAGACGACAGGCCCUACCCCGACUGCCCGUACCUGCUGCUGGACGUGAGAGACUGUGACCAGUACGACUGCUGUCACAUCAUCAGCGCACACAGUUUUCCCAUUGCCAUGCUAUCUCGCACGAUGAACCCCUACACCAAAGAAGUGCUGGAAUACAAAAACGCAGCAGGCAAGAUCAUCAUUGUGUAUGAUGAGGAUGAGAGAAUAGCCAGCCAGGCAGCUACCAUCAUGUGUGAACGAGGGUUUGAGAACCUGUUUAUGCUCAGUGGAGGUCUCAAAGUAAUUGCUCAGAAAUUUCCGAGCGGGAUGACAACAGGCUCCAUCCCCUCCUCAUGCCUGUCCUCUCCUACAUCAUCAAAGGGGAAAAAGUGCAGUGCGCCACAGCAGCCUGCACACGCAGCAGAGAAGAGAUGGCGGUUCACAUCAGACGAGCUGGCCAGGAUCCAGGAGCAGCUGGAGGAAAUCCUCAUCCCCAGUAGCGCCAACAGUCGUCUGUCCAGCCGAAUGUCAACCAGCAGUGCCCGGUCGAGCACAUCCAGCCAUCUGAGUUCCAGUACAAGUGGGAGAGGCAGUGCCCGAGUUCGGAGCAGUAGAGCCUGGAAAUAACUCCGCCCCUCUUUUAACCACAAACGUGCACAAAUAUACCUCCAAAGAAAAGUCAGUUUUUUUAAGUUAAAAUCUAGCAUCCAUCUGGAUCCCAUAUCAGUGUAAAAAAUAAAUUUUUUAAAAAUCCAACUUUGGUUGCAAUCUGCAAAAGACAGUCUGAGGUCAACAAGAACGAGCAUAGUUACCUAAUUAGCUUAAUUGCAGUUUUUCUCUUAAGUUUCUGGAGCCCACUAUCAGACUUUGUUCCAGAAUUUUCUCUGAAUGCUGAAAUUAAAUUCUCCUAAAAUUGAUUUCUUUAGUGUUGGAUGUGUUCUUCGUCACCUUGGGAAAGCGAUUAGCAUUUCACAACAACAGUGGCCAGUACACGAAUGAUGACUGACAUCUGGACAAGUGUCAUAUAUAAAAUAUGUUAGGAGCAGCACAGAUGUUUUAUUUCAGACUCUCAAUCUUGACUUUUAGAGAGAGAUUGUCAUUUUAAAUAAUGGUUUCCAACAGACUUGAACCUGAGAUCAGAGGACUUCUUGCACUUAUAACACUAUUUUUCAGUUUUCACUGGCUAAUGAAUUUGCAUCAUUAAAAUCUUAAUUCUGAAUUAAUGACAUGAAGGAUAUGCUGGAAAUUGCUGUAUUAAAUGAGGUGUAAUGUUAUAGAGUUUGAUCAAAUUUGUAAGGUUUUGAAAAGUUGUGCUGUAUUUUGUAACUUGUCAUUCUUUCAUGAUAGUACACCAGCAGCCUUUAACUGCAGUUUUUGCAUUUUUUUUUUCUGUGUGUGUGUGUGUUUGUCAAAAGUACUGUAAAUUAUUCACACUGAUGUGCAUAAAACAGAUCAGUCACUAAAGAAAAUACAUGAGUGUUGUUUUCGUGACUAUGACACAUUUAUUAGAAGCACUUCAUUUCCUACAUUUCUACAACAGUAUUGCUGUUUGUGGCCUUUUGUUUGCAUGUUGGUGACUUGUUGCAUGUGGCUGGUUAACAGAUCUGGACUUCUCUCUCACUCUUUGUUCAAAUGAACAUUUUUUCACAAUCCGCCUUAACUCUUAAGUGGUUACAUGAUUUUUUUGUUGUUGUAACAAAUGUCAAAUAAAGGGUACAAUGGUUUGUUGCA